AUGUCAACUUUAUUUCUUCUGAUAGCACUAUGGCAUUUUCUAAUGCCGACAUCAGUAGUUUUGGGUUUUACGCCAUCCAUUAGGGAUGUAGCCAAUACUAUCCUGUUUUCCCCCUAUAAGAUAAUAUUUAUGAAUUCAGAGAAAAGGGGCCAUGUCGACAGUGCACCUUAUGAAGAAAAAGAAAAAUUGGAAAAUCCACCUGAAAACACAGAACGGGAAGAAGCAACAGUAAGCGUUGUCGAGGCGGAGAAGGAAGGGAAAAAGACGCAAGGAGGUCUGGAAGAGAAGAAGGAUGAAGCGCCUAAAGCAGGGGUUGCAAAGGACAACAAUGUUGAGGAAGUGGCAGUAACAACAGAGGAUGCAUCAAAUGGGGGAAAAGCGACCAAGGAGGAGGGAGUAGCCAAGGUGGAGGAUGUUGCCGUAGUUGAAGAAGUAGCCAAGGUGGAGGAUGUUGCCGCAGUUGAAGAAGUAGACAAAGUCGAGGAGGCAGCUGAACCAGCUGAGGAAGUAAUAAUAGUCGAAGAAGCACUUAAAGCAACCGCAAAUAAAGUUGAGCCGGCCGAAAAAGAAGUAACAGUCGAAAAAGAAGCAACAGUCGAAAAAGAAGCAACAGUCGAAAAAGAAGCAACAGUCGAAAAAGAAGCAACAGUCGAAAAAGAAGUAACAGUCGAAAAAGAAGUAACAGUCGAAAAAGCCGAAGGAAAGUCAAACGAAGAGGCGGCUCGCGUAGACGACACAUUGAAGGAAGAAAAGUAUACUUUUUUCUGGAGGAGAAAACCUAAUAAGAAUAAAAAAAAAGAAACAAAAAAGAAAGGAUCAAAUGAUGUGUCCCAAGAAAAAGACAGGAAGAAACUACCGACGACCUUUCUACUACCAGGGGUUGGAGGAAGUACACUAAUUGCCGAAUACAAAGAUGCAAUGAUCCAUAGUUGCAGCAGUAAUUUGUUAAAUUCAAAGCCAUUUAGAAUAUGGAUCAGUUUAACUAGACUUUUUUCCAUAACGUCAAAUGUAUACUGUACCUUUGACACCUUGAGGUUAGUGUACGACAGUGAGAAAAAAAUGUAUUCGAAUCAACCAGGAGUUAACAUUACGGUGGAAGAUUAUGGGCAUCUUAAGGGCAUUGAUUAUUUGGAUUACAUUAACAAUACUGGCAUAGGUGUAACCAAAUAUUAUAACACUAUAGCUUCUCAUUUUUUGUCUAAAGGUUAUGUUGAUGGGGAAAGCAUUAUAGGUGCACCGUACGAUUGGCGUUAUCCACUGUACCAACAAGAUUACAACCUAUUCAAAGAUACCAUAGAAGCAACUUAUGAAAGGAGAAACGGGAUGAAGGUAAAUCUAGUAGGCCAUAGUUUAGGGGGAUUAUUUAUAAAUUAUUUCCUAGUGCAUAUAGUUGAUAAAGACUGGAAACAGAAGUAUUUAAAUUCGGUUCUGUAUAUGAGUUCUCCAUUUAAAGGUACCGUGAAAACGAUUAGGGCUUUACUCCAUGGAAAUCGUGAUUUUGUUUCUUUCAAAAUUAAGAAAUUGAUUAAACUGUCUAUAUCAGAUAGUAUGAUGAAGGCCAUUGGGAAUUCAGUAGGUUCCUUGUAUGACCUCAUACCGUAUAAGGAAUACUAUGACCAUGAUCAGGUUGUAAUUAUAAUUAAUACAGAUUCUGCACCGAUUGAUGAUAAUUAUAUGCAGUCCAUUGUGUCGGAGUGUGGAAUAUAUAAUAAGGAUUGCUACUUGAACAGAACUGAUGUGAAAUUAAAGGUGCACACCCUAUCAGAUUGGCAUGUGCUUCUAAAGGAUGACCUAAUGGAAAAAUACAAUAAUCAUAAACAAUACAGAGACAGGCAUUUUUCCAUGGACCAUGGCAUACCCAUAUAUUGUGUGUAUAGUACCCUUAAAAAUAAGAGCACCGAAUAUUUGCUGUUUUCUCAGAAGGAUAACUUAAACGAGGAGCUUAUUGUUUAUUACGGAAUAGGUGACGGAACUGUGCCCCUCGAAAGUUUAGAAGCAUGCAAUAGCUUUUACAAUGCAAAACAGAAGAAGCAUUUUGAGAAUUAUAGCCAUAUCGGUAUUCUGCACAGUGCGGAGGCUGUCAAUUAUGUGUACGAUUCGAUGCAGACCACCGGGGGAGAACUGGACGAUGCGUUCGAUCAUGUUACAGCCGAGUUAACUGUAGAGGGGAGUACUGAAGGAGGUAACGUUGGAGGGGAGGAGCUGAACAAGGUGCCUCAGCAGGGAAAAGGAAAUGAAGAAAUGGCAAAUGUGCCUGAGAUACGCGUCAAGUAA